GGCGGCGGCGCGCGCGGAGGGAGGGAGAAGGCCCAGAAUCCUAGCCGCCUCGCCUUCCGCCGCACGCUCGCGAGGUGAACGGCGCCGGCGGCGAGAUGGGGCGGGACAAGGCCAGGAGGCUCACCGGCAGCCGGCACUUCCGGCAGAGGCUGGUGCUGGCGACGCUGACGUCCACCGCCAUCACCAUCGACGACAUCCGCUCCGGCGGCGCCGCCCCGGGGCUACGCCCCCACGAGGUCUCCCUCCUCCACCUCCUCCACAAGAUCUCCGACCACCACUCCGUCGACCUCAACGAGACAGGGACGAAGCUGAGAUACAAGCCGGGGGUGAUCGUCGGCGGGAGGGAUCUCGAGCACGAGUGCGGGGUGCACCGGGGGAUCGGCUACUUCCUUGAGCCGCUUAUACUGCUCGGGCUCUUCGCCAGGGCGCCCUUAUCCAUUCGGCUCAAAGGAAUUACUAAUGAUACAAAGGACCCUUCUGUGGAUACUUUCCGGAUGGUUACCUUGCAUAUGCUCAAGCAAUUUGGUGUUCCUCUGGAGGGAUUGGAGUUAAAAAUUGAAAGCCGUGGAGCUCCUCCUCUUGGUGGUGGUGAAGUGUUUCUUCGAGUUCCCAACAUAAAUAGCACAUUAAAGGCAGCUAAUUGGGUUGACGAAGGUAUGGUUAAGAGGAUAAGAGGUGUAACAUUUUCAACUAGAGUAUCUCCACAGAUUGAAAACCGUAUCAUUUAUGCUGCACGUGGAAUCUUCAAUCGCUUUAUUCCAGAUGUUCAUAUAUUCACUGAUCAUAGAUCUGGUUCUGCUGGUGGCAGGUCAGCAGGGUAUGGCGUAUCUGUAGUUGCUGAGACCACCACAGGAUGCCUAAUAUCUGCAGAUGCUACUGUAAGUUAUCCUAAUGUUGAUGAGAUGAAUGAAGAAUCUGAGAGUUCAGAGUUAACAUCUCCAGAGGAUCUUGGUGUUCAAGUUGCAUCAAUGCUGCUAGAGGAGGUAGCUCAAGGAGGAGUUGUUGACUCAACACAUCAGGGUCUCCUAUUUAUUCUGUGCGCCCUAAGCCCACCUGAUGUAUCAAAGGUUCGUGUUGGUCAGCUGACACCUUAUGCUAUAGAAACACUUCGAAACAUACGGGAUUUCCUGGAUGUGAAGUUCAUUAUCAAGCCUGAUCCAAAUUCAAAUACGGUUACAUUGAAAUGUGUUGGUGCUGGAGUAAAGAAUCUUGCUCGGAAGACUUCAUGAAAAACAGGAUGAUGAACCCCAUCAAAGGAUGGAUGGAUUGCAGCAAGAGAACUGGAUAUUAUCCUAGUAGACCCUUUUUUGGAAACGCAAAGCAACAGUUUGAAUCCUUGUUGCUACGGGGCUGAAAUUUUGUCAUAUUGCAUGUUAUAUCUCAUAGAUAGCUUUGUUUUAAGUAUUUUGUACCUGCUGGGAUUUGUCUGAUCAUAGUAUCCUGUAUACUUGACACACUUUUGUAUCUCAUUCGUGUAAUACUAGCGCAACUGCCAUUGAGCUUGAGCUUCAGUUUA